AUGCACAAGCUUCUAUCUAAAUCAACUGCUUCAGAGGUUAUUCAAAAGAGUUUGACUGAUAAAGGAGUACAAUGGCACUUUAAUCCUCCUUCGGCUCCACACUUUGGAGGAAUCUGGGAGGCUGCGGUAAAGUCGGCAAAAUAUCAUCUCAGACGAGUGAUAGGCAUCCAAAUCUUCACGUUCGAAGAACUUUCUACCUUGUUUGCUGAAGUAGAGGCAGUGAUGAACUCGAGUCCUCUUUCCCCACUAUCACCUGAUCCAAAUGAAAAUAAUGUUCUCACUCCAGGGCAAUUCUUGAUUGGUGAAGCGUUAACUGCAGCACCUUCACCUGAUGUGACAGAUAUUAACCUCAAUAGGAAGGAUAAACUGAAAGGAAAACUGACACUUUGGCAACACAACUGCCAAAAAGCACCAAAAAGCACGGUCAAGGCUCCGAGUGUUUUGGGACAGAUGUCCAAACAAAAUAGGAGCAACACAAAGUACCCGCGGUCAUCCCGGAGGAAACUAGCUCCAAGCGCGGAGGAAAUUGAGGAAGAACAGAACUUUUUCAAAAGAUUAACACGUAGUAGGACAGCUGCAGUCGAAGCUUCUUCCGAUGUAGCUAGCGCGCGUGUGGAUAGAGUUGACCUCUCCAUUGGCGGUGAAGUUGAAAUCACCACGACUAGCGCCACCUCUACGCCGAUGCCCCAACAGAAUCCCGGCCUAUCAGAGGACUUGCGUAGAAAUUUUGAACAAACCUUAGAAAACGCAAUGUCUGUAAUCAGAUCAAACAGUGCUGCAGAAGACGAUGUCCUUUCCGAUUCCCAAGCAGACAGGGAUAGUCAGCCAGGUGACAAUCCCCCCCCCUCCACACCAGCAACCCCAAAUCUACAGAGCCGAACAUGA